GUGUGGAAAUGCAGGCGUGUGUAUGUGCGUGUGUGUCCAUGGCUGCAUGUACCCGUAUUCCUAGGUACAGGCACACAAGCGUGUGCACACGUGUAAGUGUAGGGGUGGACAGUUGUGCACGUAUGUCUGCAUAUACGUGUGCACAUGAGCGUGUGUGUAGACACGUGCACAUGUGUAGGUGUAGGGGUGGACAGUUGUGCACAUACAUCCGCGUAUACGUGUGCACAUGAGCGUGUGUGUAUCCACACGUGCACACGUGUAGGUGUAGGGGUGGACAGUUGUGCACAUACAUCCGCGUAUACGUGUGCACAUGAGCGUGUGUGUAUCCACACGUGCGCACCUCUGUGUGUGUGCUCACGUGCACGUGUGUCCGUGUGUUGGAGGUGUGUGCACGUACACGCGCACACAGGUGCGGCGCGUGCGGGGUCAUGUCCCCGCGUGUCCGUGCUCCCGCGUGCCCGUCCGUGUGCACGCGCGCGUGCCCGGGGCGUGUCUGCGCGCGUCCGGGGGCGGGCCGGGGGGCGUGGCCCGCGGGCGCGGCAGCCCGUUGCCCGGGCGCCGUCCAACGGGCGGGCGCGUUGCUAGGGGGCGGUGGGCCAACGGGCGGGCGCGUUGCUGUUGCCCGGCGGCGCGGCGGGCCGGGCCGGGCGGCGGAGCGCGGCGCGGCGGGGCCAUGAGCGGGCGGCGGCGGCCCGGCAGCCAUGGAGAUCCGCUGCGGGGGGCUGCUCUUCAGCUCCCGCUUCGACUCGGGAAACCUGGCGCACGUCGAGCAGGUGGGGCCGCCCGGGGCGGGGGGCGGCCCCGCGGCCUGGGGCGCCGCCCUCCCCGCCGCCGACUACGAGUUCAACGUGUGGACGCGGCCCGACUGCGCCCAGACCGAGUAUGAGAACGGCAACAGGUCCUGGUUCUACUUCAGCGUGCAGGGGGGAGCCCCCGGGAAGCUGAUCAAGCUGCACAUCCUGAACAUGAACAAGCAGAGCCGGCUGUACUCCCAGGGCAUGUCCCCCUUCGUGCGCACCCUGCCCGCGCGGCCCCGCUGGGAGCGCAUCCGCGAGCGGCCCAGCUUCGAGAUGGUGGAGACGCAGUUCGUGCUGUCCUUCGUGCACCGCUUCCUGGAGCACCGCGGGGCCACCACCUACUUUGCCUUCUGCUACCCCUUCUCCUACACCGAGUGCCAGGAGAUGCUGGCGCAGCUGGACAGCCGCUUCCAGGAGUGCCAGCACAUGUCUCCCAGCAGCCCCCUCGACUCCGUCUACUACCACCGGGAGCUGCUGUGCCACUCGCUGGACAAGCUGCGCGUGGACCUGCUGACCGUCACCUCGUGCCAUGGCAUGCUGGAGAAGCGGGAGCCGCGCCUGGACAAGCUCUUCCCCGACACCAGCACCCCCCGGCCGCGCCGUUUCGCGGGGAAGAGGGUGUUCUUUCUGAGCAGCAGAGUCCACCCGGGAGAAACACCCUCCAGCUUCGUCUUCAACGGCUUCCUGGACUUCAUCCUGCGGGAGGAGGACCCCCGUGCCCAGAUGUUGCGGCGGAUGUUCGUCUUCAAGCUCAUUCCCAUGCUGAACCCCGACGGGGUGGUGCGGGGCCACUACCGAACCGACUCCCGGGGGGUGAACCUGAACCGGCAGUACCUGAACCCCGACGCGGAGCUGCACCCCGCGGUGUACGGCGCCAAAGCCGUGCUGCUCUACCACCACAUCCACAGCCGCGUCCCGCCGGGCUCUCCCGACUGGAGGACCUACGUCUCCCCGCUCAGCACCAGCUUGCUAAGCACAAAAUCUUCCAACCAUUCCGUCCGCAGCAGCGUCCCGUCCUCAGAGCUGUCGGAGCUGGAGAAAGCCAAUAACCUCCGCAACUCUGCCGGCGCCUGGCGCGCCAGCACGCGCCUCAGCCCUUCUCAGGAAGCCCGGCUCUCGGCAGCGCCCGCAGCCGCACCGGGCGAGGACCCGGCCCCCUGGAUCCUCCCGGCGAGCCGCAGCACCGAGCACUGUGAGGAGGAGGCCGGGGGGCCUCCAGCAGCACCUCUCCCCGAAACCAUCCCCCCCCGGGACAGCGGGCUGGCCUACUACGUGGAUCUGCACGGGCACGCCUCCAAACGCGGCUGCUUCAUGUACGGCAACAGCUUCAGCAACGAGAACGACCAGGUGGAGAACAUGCUGUUCCCCAAGCUCAUCUCCCUGAACUCGCCCUAUUUUGACUUCACGGGCUGUAACUUCUCGGAGAAGAACAUGUACGCCAAAGACAAGCGGGACGGGCAGUCGAAGGAGGGCAGCGGGCGCGUGGCUGUCUUCAAAGCCCUGGGGAUCAUCCACAGCUACACGCUGGAGUGCAACUACAACACGGGGCGCUCGGUGAACAGCAUCCCGGUGGCGUGCCACGACAACGGGCGCGCCAGCCCGCCGCCCCCGCCCGCCUUCCCCUCCAAGUACACCGUGGAGCUGUUCGAGCAGGUCGGCAGAGCCCUGGCCGUGGCGGCGCUGGACAUGGCCGAGUGCAACCCCUGGCCGCGCAUCGUCCUGUCGGAGCACAGCAGCCUCAGCAACCUGCGGGCCUGGAUGCUGAAGCACGUGCGCAGCACGCGGGGCGCAGGAGGGGGCCCGCGGAGGAGAGGGGGUGCCAGGACCCCCCCCCGGAGCUCCACCGGCCUCCCCACCUCGGCCUCCGACAACGCCCUGUCCCGCGUGAGGAGCUUCAGCAACGGCACCAGCGGGAGCGGCAGCAGCCAGCAGGACUCGCACAUCAGAGCCUCCCCCAGCUUCACCUUUGGCUGCAGCAGGGCCUCGGGCCCGGCCCCCGCGAGCCAGAGCGCUCCCAGAGGCAGUGACGCAGCCCUGGCGCCGGGCAGAGUGGUUUUACGUGGAAGAAGUGCGUGUGAACCGCCGCCCCGUCCCCUCAGAAGUGCCCCGGACGCCGCAGGCAGCUCCCUGCUCCGUGCAGAGCAGCCCUGGCCGGGGCAGGACAGACGCUGCGCGGUGAGAGCUGCGGGCGCUCCAGCCCGGCCGCUGCGGGACCCAGCAGAGCCCCCGGCCCAGGGCGCUGCAGGGCAGAGCUGCCACCGCCCCCCGCACCGGGGCCCGGGACUCUGCCGUGCCGGGCCUGGGGCCGCGGGGCUUUGGACGAGCCAGCACAGAAAACCUCUGCUCGAUUUCCCCCGGCCUCAGCUGCUCCCAAAGCAUUCCCGAGGCCAGCAGGGGUACACCGAGACACCCUUUUCCACAGGCUGUCACAGCACCGGGCUCUGGUCACGGUGAGGCAGGGGGCAGAGCCGUAAUUAGUCACUGGGGUUUGACAGCACAGCGAGUCCUGUCCUGUACCACCCACACAGCUGGGAGAAAGGCCCCGGCUUUCCCCCCUCCACCAGCGCCCGGUGAGCCCCACAGCGGCUCCACAGCCUGCGGAGGGGCUGCCAGAGCAGGGCCAGGUGCCGGCUGUGCCCGCGGCGGGGCGGGCUGCAGCCCUGGCAGCUGGUGGGGGCAGCCCCAGUGCCCGGAGCUGCAGCCGAGGACACGGGGCUGCACCAGGAGCCCCAGUGCCGUGGGCUCUGCCGCGCUCAGAGGGGUCCCAGCGCCGGAGGUUCGGGGCAGGGCUGCCGGUGUGACUGGGGGAGAUGGGGCUGUGGUUGUGCUGAGGCUCCGUCCCAGUGCCGCUCUCAGGAGGGGUCACUGCGCGCCCCGCCAGCGGCUCCUUCCUCCUGCUCCGCCUGUUUCCCGCGGUGCUUUCCCCCCGUGUUCGCUCUCCUGCUGUGUAGUGACUGUUUCUCGUCUGCCAUGAGAACGUGGUGGGGAGGAAAUAAAAGGCUGACGUUCUCAUGG